CACGAAAGGCGGAACCAAUUGGGAUACAAAAUAGGAACCCAAAGGACUUGGGAAGCCACAAUGGAGACAACUAAAGUGAAGGAGCCGGAUCAGAGUGGGGACUCCAUCCACAAGAAACGUGAUGCCAUCUGGCCACUGGUUCUCUUCUAUAUCCACUUAAAUAUCCUCGGUGUCUAUGGGAUUUACGUUCUGCUCACUAGCGCGUCGUGGGCCACGAUUUUAUUCACCGCCCUGCUCACCCUCCUUGGCACUUUGGGCGUGACAGUGGGCGUUCAUCGUUUGUGGGCGCACAGGACCUUCACCGCCUCCAAGCCCCUGAAGGUUUUCCUCAUGUUCUGCCAGACGACCGCCGGUCAGGGCUCCAUCUACAGUGUGGUUCAGGCCCAUCGCCUCCAUCAUGCCAAGUUCCAGCAGGACGAGGAUCCCUACUACAGUAAACACAGCUUCAUGUACGCCCAGGUGCGCGGCGGUCUUCUGAAGUACUCGCCACAGCAGGAGGAACUGCUCAAGGAUGUGGAUAUGUCGGACCUGGAAAGUGAUCCUGUGGUCAUGUUUCAGAAGAGAUUCUAUGUCCUGCUGUACAUCUUCCUAAACGUACUGCUAUCGGUGAACACUCCGUUCCAGUACUUUGGGGACUCCCUAGCCACCUCCAUGUUCGUGGGUUUCUGGCUGCGCAGUCUGAUCGUUAUCAACCUAGGAAACCUGGUUCACUCAUCCCACUUUAUUUGGAGCAUUCACAAGGGCUUUAAGCCCACCGAUUCCAACAGUAUCUUCCUGAUCACAAAGAGUUACUGGCCGCAGUACCACUAUCUGCUGCCCAGGGACUACCAGAGUGGGGAGUACGGCAACUAUGCCUCUGGCAUUGGGUCUUCCAUGAUCCGCGUGUUCGCCGCCCUCGACUGGGCCAAGGAUCUGAAGACCAUUGGAUCCGUGGCCGUUCGCCAGGGACUGACCAAGGCGGUGGAGACUGGUCGUCCGAUCGUCGAGUGCAUCGAGGAACAAGUGGAGCUGGAGGAAAACGCCCUGCCCGCCAACCAUUUCCUCAACCGGGAGAAGUUUAUGUGAGCAUAUUGCAUCAUCGGCCCACUAAAACGGUGCGACAAAUGGACGCGGCAGUCGUAAAAAUAAAUUAACCGCCUCGGAAAGGGCGGGUAAAGU